AUGAACGGUGCGGUAGGUCAAAAGUGUCCGCGGGACCUCCAGAGAGGCGGCAAAAGGCGCCAAAUCCUUCGCUCCACGUCAUCGCGGCGGACUGUUUGUCGAUAUAUCAUCACCCUUUUUUUACUGAUACACUCAAAGUUUUUCUAUUUUCAUUCUUUUCUCCAUCGUUUAUUUGAAGUUUCGAAAACUCUUCUGAUCGCAAUGUCGCUUCUAAGCUCUUUUCCCUUUGACUGAUUAAGAACUAAUGAUAACGUUCAAAUGACACAUGUUUCCAAUAUUGUUUUAAACGCUAAAAAAACAUGGGCGCGGGACAAAAGUUACGGUAGGUCAAAAGUGUCCGCGGGACCUCCAGAAAGGCGGCGAAUGGCGCCAAAUCUUCGCCUCACGCUGUCGCGGCGGACAGUCCGUCGAUUUAUCAUCAUCCCCUUUCGCUCUGAUGCACGCGGAUCCUUCCUUUUUUUCGACUCUAUCUUUUGUAAAACGUUUGAUCGCAAAUUUGCUUUGAAAUUCUUUUUCCUUUGAACAACUCAAAGUUAUUUUAUUCUAAAUCAUGGAGUCUAUUUGUUUCUUAUAGUACCCUUUCUGUGUCUGUAGAUCAAUUUUUGGCAGGAUGAUCCCGAAAACGCUGCUUGUCUCUGAACAGUUUUCACCUAUGCUUCUCCUUUCGUGUUGUUUUUCUAUGUACGGGAUACUUCGAGAUUCCAUACAUUUAACAAAAUUUCAAUUUUUCGGAAAUGCAAGAAAGGAAUUUUUCAGCUCUCCCAAGUUAUCAACAUAACGAUGGCGUUGGAAGAACCAAAUUCUGUCAACCAACUAAUACCUGCCACUGCUUCCACCUGUCCCGCUUUCGCGAGAUCGCCCACCGACCAGUCCCCAGUUCCAAAGAACUCAGGUUAGAGUCCAAUACAAUAAGAGCAUGAAAAUUUUAUCCAAAAACUGUUGACGAAAAGAAAGAAAAAUUUUCAGUUAGAAAAAAAUUCUCUGACUAUACGGAAAUUCAUCUCAAGUAUCAUUAAAUAGAGAAAAAAGAUUUUUGAAACGUUGAAGUUUUUGCUUCAAUCGUGUCUCUUUUCUGAAUAGCUUAUGCAUAUACUUUACAUUUGAAAUUUUUUUAAAAUACGUAAUAAAUUCAAGAAAUAAAUUCAAGAGAAGUACUAAUGAACUCGGGAAAUUCUCGAAAAAAACAUUUAUUUUAUACUCUUUUCUCAUUAUGUGAACUUUAAAAAUAAAUUCUAAAAAAAUCUUUUUUUGAGUUUUGUUGAAAAAGUUUUGAUUUUUUUCCAUUUCAAUUCGCCGUGAAUGAACUUUAAAUUCAAAAAUAACAAACUUUCAGCCCGUAAGCCACGUAAACUCCACCGCCAACACCCUCUGAGAACCCUUUGGAUGGAUAACGUGCCUGCCAAAUGGCAAUCGAAGUAUAUCUUUUCGAUAUUUAAGGUCUGUUUUCCCAAACUCAGUCCUUUAGAAACCAAUUAUCUUACAGAAGAAGGGAAUUUCCCCUAAGACGAUUAUGCGGUCAGCAGAGCUCGAAGCCGGAGUAUGAUCGACAUUAACUUUGGGCCAAAUUCACUCAUCGAGAAUUUUUCAGCCUCCAACGCGCCGCAUCGAGUUUCGGACAUUUGCAGACGCCCGACGCGCCCUGUCGUUCAAUGGUAAAUCUGCUGAAAGCCAACCGGAGUACAUUUUUUUGAUCUAACCUCCGCUUUCGACAGUUUUUCAAGAAAAGAAAAAGGUUGGGCCGAAAAAUUUAUGAUUCCUUGGAAUAAUAAGAAAUACUUCAUUCAAAUAUUUUUUUCAGUUCAGCUUCUGACGGGAUGGUUUUUGAAAUUCUGAACAGAAAGUUUUAACAAUAUAAAGCCGAUAAAAAAAGAGAUUUUUUUUAGUUUUUAGAUAACUUUUCAAGGACUCCCUGGUCAGAUAAUUUUUUUAUAUUUUUGAUUAAUAAAUACUUUCUAGAACCGAUUAUCGUGGAUGUCAUCGAAAAGCACAAUUCGAACAGAACCCUUUGGUUAAAAGGCGUUCCCUUCGACUGGGAUCCAAAUAUGAUUAAUUGUGUCUUCAACGUAAGUUUUCCUUAUCCCAUUUUUUUGAAAACUCACUUUUUUACAGAGAGCUGGCUUCCUACUUGUUACACUUGCCACUGUGGCGUCUAAAACUCAGGUGAAAUUGGCAAAAUUUCCAAACCCUCCAAAACGAAAGUUUUUCAGACAAGGAUGUACGGCAUCGAAUUUGAAACGUUCAAGGAUGCCCAGUUGGCUCUGUCUGAGAUGAACGGGAGGAUCUACCCGUACGGCGACUCGGAAAUAUUCAUAAAGCUCAGUAUCCCAUACGAUGCAUCGCCUACGAAGUUUGCAGGUUCGGAUCUGAAAACAUUGGCAAAAUGAAAAUAAUUUCAAAGUUCUGGGGGGAAGGGUUUAUUUUUCAUAUGAAAUUCAAUCAGAAAAAAAGUGUAUAAUUCUAACUUUCACGAGAUCUCAACUAAUUCAUCAUAUUCACGUUCUUUCGAAGUUAUUUUUGUAAAAGCAAAUAAAGAAUUGGACGAUCUCUUAAUUUUUUCUAAAAAAAAACUGUUCCCCUCUUGUCAGUGAAAAAAAAAGUGAGGAAUGUACUAGUAUGAAUUGAACGAACCUAGAACGCCGUGGCGGAUUUCAAGGAUUAAAUAGCCCCCAAAUCGGUUUUUUUAUAUGAAUUGAUGAAAGCGUAAAUAUUUAGGAGGAAGGCUUACGGACACCGUAAGUAGGCAGGACGCCCUGAGAACGCUUUGGAUACGGAACCUGCCACCCGGCUGGAGUAUCACCAAAAUCAGUUCCUAUCUCGAAGUGAGUCCUCCUCAUACCAUUUCUUUGAAAACCCACUCGAUUUUUUCAGGGAGAAGGCUUCAAACUCGUUAGUGUAAUCCAGCCGAACUACGAAGGCAGGGUGAGAUUAACAAUACUUUUCGCCUAAUGUUAAAUAUCACUGACUUUACAGAACGUUAAUUUCUGCGUUGAAGUUGAAACUCACGAAGAAGCUAAGAAAGCUGUGGCGAUUCUCAACGAAACGCCCGUUCCAAAUGAAGAAUCGGAGGUGCUUUUCGACACUUGCCUCGCUUUUGACUGUCCCGGGUUGGUUUGCUCUGAAAAUGCUUAUUAAAAUUUGCGUCAGGUUCGCGUACACUCUGGUGAUAAUGAACCUUCCUGACGACUGCAGUGUUCUGGACGUCUUCGAUGUUGGUUGAACUUUCUAACAAGUUUCCUAUCUUCGUAAAAUACACGGAAACAGAUAUGAUGAAUUUUUAGAAGAAUUUUAUAACUGAGGAAAAAAGACUGAACACAGUGAAAAAAUUAUAAUAAAAUUGGGUAUUAAAACUUGGAUUUCUUUUUUUGGAUUGUUAGCCUCUAGUUUUUUGUUGAGACUGCAUGAUCUUGAAAAUGUUCCAGGCCUUCAAAAAGUACCCGUCAUUCCUUGGAGCGGACGUCGAACGAGACUCUAAAGGGUACCCCAAUGGCAGGGCUUGGAUUGAGUAUGGCGAUGUGCAGGACUGGCGUUCGGCCUACGUGAGUUAGAUCUUCUUAUACUAAGUUUCGACAUUUCCGAAAGUUAUAGGAUUCUUUUAUGAUUCAGAAAAAAAUAAUGACUUUUUUUUGUAUUUCAUUCAAUGAAAAGUUCAGAUGGUUUUCAACCACUUGAGGAUCAGCGAGUUCGUCUACUUGCACUUGCGCAUGGACGUGAAAUAUGCCGCGCACGACCGGAAAAAGUCGCUCGUAAGUUUAUAAUUCAAAAUACACUGAAAAACUUUCGAUUCGAGAAAGGAAAAUUAUUCGCGGUCAACUAUUCUUCCCUUUCUCCAUCUUAGAAUCUCCUCCAAUAAAUAUAAUCGAAAUCCUUUCUUUUCCCAAAGUCUUGCUCGUUCAGACUCCAAGUCCCGAACAACUCACGCAUUUCGAGCGCAAGUCGAUAACUCCUGCUCCAAUUGAACACGAGAUCCGCAAAGACCGGGCGACUUACACUCCCACUUCGCAAUACCCAUUGGUGAGCAUCAAAAAGUUCAUCCAAAAAACCUCAUCAAAGAAUAUUUUAGUUUGAACACUCAAGAAUCUUCUGGCACGAGCUGUUUCAAAAAAUCAUGAUCGUGAAACAAAAAAUAUAUUACUUACUUAGAUGGUCCAUCUUAGCUUUUGACCUUUUAUUGCCUUUUAGUGCCUUUUAUUGAUCGAAGCGUGGACCACACGUUUUCCAGGAGGUCUUAUGCAAUCGGUCAUCCAGUUUUGUCGUCCUGGUUGACUGGUAUUCUUGCGAAAAAGUUCCAUCCGUGGUGUUGAACGUGUUAUAGCAUAAUUUUGGUCUGAUUAUCCUUUUUGCCUUGCCAGGGCUAAAAAAAGACCGCCCAUUCUGUUAGCAGAAGCAAGCCGAACUGCGUGACCGGUGUACCGUUAGCCGCCAUAAAUGGCGUUGCCUCCCCAUCACCGCGUAGAGGUGGUACUUGAAGGGGAAAAAUAUAUUAUUUUGAGAAAUUUUGAACCAUGGAUGAAAGAUACCUUCUACCAAAAUCAGCUAUAUAUUUUCAUCUUCACAGUUUUCUUUCAGACGCCGCUCGAAAAUGAUCCUCAACGUCUUGACUCAACUCCGCCCAAUCAGGCCAAUGCUGAAAAUCGGAUGUCGGACGACCCCACGGCACAAUCCUCUACAGUAAUAAUCAAAAAUUUUCUCCCGAAAAAAAGCUUGUUUGUCUGAAAAAUUGAUCAAAAAUCUCCUAGAGCGAUCCGUGUUUCAAAAAAAUCAUAAAAAAAGUUAGUUCAUUUCUGAAAUCGAAAAUUCAAAUUUUUUGAAAGGUUUUUAUUGAUGAAUGAAAGAUAUCUAUUCAAAAUGAAUCGACUAUCCUCAUCUUUACGGUUUUGUUUUUUCAGACGUCGCAAGGGAUCAAUCCUGAACAGCAUGUCCAUAACUCGGCUUCUCCCAUUAGAGUCUAUCCAGUGGAAUGGAUGACGGAACACCCGUGGCCAAAACUCCUUUCAGUAAGAAUCUAGUUUCACCUGGAAAAACGGCUUUGAAAACGUUUCUUGUUUAAAAACUGAUCAAGAUCUACUGGAGCAGUUCGUGUUUCAAAAAUUAUAAAAACUGAGUGCAUUUUUGGAAUUGCGCAGAAAAAAAAAUUUUGCGGAUGGAUGUUACAGUUUUGUCUGAAAAAAAAAACAAAAAAAGGGGGUUUCAGUCACAACUAUCUUGUAAGGAAUUCAAUCUUUCUGAAACUUGCUGGAGUCUUGAUGAUUGCUAUUUUCACCACUCUGUUAGAGUUUCGUUUCACAUAGCUAGCCGUGAAUCAGCUAUGUUUUCACUUUCAAAGUUCAUUCUUUUAGACUCAACACGGAUUCGCACCUGCUCUCGAACGCUCUUUCAACAGCUGGCUGCAAUUUUGUCAGGCAGAGUCUGAGAAGCGGAUGAAAGGCAGAUCAAGACCUCAAAUCACAUUGGUGAGAAUCGUUUCUCCCAAAAAAACAUUUUCAAAAAGGUUGAAUUGUUUAAAAUUAAUCAGACUAUUCCUGGAGCAAUCUUUGAUUCAAUUAGUAUGUUAGUUUGAUUAUUUUUUCAUUCUUUCGAUGUUUCAGGCUAUUCCCAUAGAGGAACCCGAAUCGCCCAACGAAUAUUUUGACUUUCCUGGUCCCUUAAAUCAGAGCACACCAAUCAAACGGACAACAGACCCUUCAACUGCUCAACACAAAGAAGUGAGAAUCGUUUAAACAUAAUAAAAGCCUGGACUAAGUUUUUUUUUCAAAUCUUUUUCUGAUACACGUUAACACUUGAAGGGUUUGCUAAACGGGAAGAACUCCACUGAACUUGUUGAAUAGAGCAUUUUUUUUUUCUGAACAGUUCUGAUUGACGGAUGGAAGAUAUCUUCACGUAGAAAAAAACUAUUUUUUUCUCUUCAAUAUUCUGCUUUUUUUCAGAUCCCCGCAUUUUAUUCCGUGGAAAAAUCGAAGUUUUCACUUAAAAAAGCAAUGUUGAAAAAAACUUGUUUUGCUAAAAAUAGACAAUAAUAGACAAUAAUAAUGAAAAAUCUUCAAGAUAAAAAUUUUACAAAAAAACAAAUACUCUCCUUUUUCAUAUUUCUGACGUUACAGGAUCCCCAGCCCAGUAUUUUUUUAAAGUCCGUGCUCCUCGAAACCGAAAUGCCACCGUUUUCCGACUCAUUGUGUCUAAUCUCCCUGUUGCGAUCACCAAAGAUGCUCUGUAUGCGGUGAGUGAAAUCUUUUUUCUGCAUUUAUAUAAGAUUUUAAAAUUUCUCUUCGCGAGGUGUCAAACAAUCAAACUUUGUUACAGUUUUCGUAAUGAAGGAACUCGAAAACUAUUUUUUCUCGUCAAAUAGAUCUCUUUCAUCAUUUUCUACAUUGCUUUUCGAAGCAGUCUGCUUCGAAAAGCGGUGUAAAAAAGAAUUUUGAAAGAAUUGUCCUCAAAAAGCAUAAUUUUGAUAUUACAGACGUUCAUUGAAUACCCUUCGUCCUGUGGUCUGAGCAUUGAAUUGAGCACGGACGGAGUUUCAAAGACAGCCGUCGUUACCUUUGGAGAUAGAAGCGAGUGUGAAGUGGCCUACGUAAGUUUGAUAAACUGUCCUAACACUUAAGGCAAUCAAAAAGCUAGAAAAUCUUCUCAAUUCGAACAUAUAAUAAAGGAAUGUUGUUUAAUGAAGAAUUCAGAUGGUGAACCGGAACGCGGUACUCUGCUCGCGGAAACUGGGAAUCCACUUCGAUGCGGAUCCAGUUGGAACUGAAUCGAACAAAGCUUUGGUGAGUUUUGAAUAUUUGAAUUCUCAUUUCACUCGGUUACAAGAGACAUGAAACACACUAAAAGGCACAUAGCUUUAAUGAGAUUCGAUAAGAGGGGGGUUUCAUAGACCCUAACGAGCAAAUUUCAGCAUCACAAAAAUUUAAAAAAAAAACUCAAAAGGUUCAUCAACAGUUUGAAAAAAAAAAUAGAUGCGAAAGAAAAAUUUUGCAGGAAGGCUUCAAACCUUGGCCAUAGGCUCCACAAGCGCAUUUUUUUCUGAAGAUCAUUACUUUUUUUCCAUUUUUCCUCUUUUCCAGAUCCCCGUGGCCGAUAGAAGUCCCGAGACCAGCUUGGUUCCUCUCGACCCUCACCUUCGUGAUUAUCAGCCGGAAAACGAUGCUGCUCCACUUUUUAAUCCGGUGAGAAUCACACAGAAAAGUCUAGUUGAAUGUGUUUAUCUGUUCGCAAAAAGAUACGAAUCUUCAGAGAUUCAUUUUUUUUGAAAUAUUCCAUAAAGCCGCUGUUCAAUUCCAAUUAAAAAAAAUUGACUGUUGCUCUAGAUCAACUUCGUUUUCCAUUUUGCUCGCAUGAAUAGCCUCAAAUCAUCAGCUUUCAAAUUUCUCAAUGAAAUUCCUGAAUUUUUAAACUUUAAAGUUUUCUCAGUUGCCGAGGAAAACUCUCCACCAGCGGAUCUUUUGUCCAAAAAAUGAGCAGUUUUAAUUUUAGAGGCUUUCCGGAUCAGAUCAAAGUUGUUCUAGCAAAAUUUCACAAAGUUCGCAACCGCGAGCAAUUUUACUAAGGACUUGUUCUAGUUCUUUUUCCUAUUCAAGAUCAUGAAAAAAAGAAAAACUGAGAAAAUCAAUCAAUCAACUUCGAAUUUUCUCAGAUGCGAGCAUUUCACGCGCCUCACACGGUGAAGGAUCUGUUCGUUGUGCCACCGUACUUCUUCUCUUAUGGAGUGGCCUGCAUGCCGAAACUCCCGGAACCGUGCAGCCAAGAAGGCAAAGAAGAAGUCAACAAGGUAUAGUCAAUCCAUCCUGACUUGAAAAGCAAGGGAGGCGGAGAAGUCGGCGGGACGCGUACGCGGUUUUUGGCACAAUUUGGAGUCAAGCGCCACCGACUUUUCACAAAGCUCGGUCACCGCUCUUUUUGUAUCUGUUCGGCUAUUUUUUGAUGUAAACAUGUAGAAUUCGAUAAACAGUUUGAAAAAAAAAACAAAAAACCGACCUCACCAAAGAGUCGCCGGCGGUUGACUUUGACCCUACUUCAACCUUGAGCUUUAUGAAUCUGACUGAGAUUCAUUUUUUCCUAAUUGAGUCUAAAUACUCAAUGGUAACCUCAUUUACCUUAUACUUAUUGAGUCAAGAAAAUAGGGAUAUUUUUUCGAACCCAAUGAUUUCUUAAUAUAUUUCUAAUUAUUCGCUGUUUUUUUUCAGAAAAAAAAAGUGGACGUGAAAGUCAACUUCGACGAUAAUGUUGCAGUCAUCCCUGAUGUCAAAAAGCCACGAAAGGUGCCGGCUCGUAAGAAGACAAGUGAGUUUUAUCCGCUAUGAAGCUUAUUUGCAGCAAAAAAAGUUGCGGAAGUUUAGCAAAUUGAAUAUUUUCAAAAACGAACGUUUGUUUUUAUCUGGGAAAAGCUGGGAACCGUGUAAUGAGAAAAGUUUGAUUAUUCUCCCUAUCUGAACAUUUUUUUUCCGCUAGUUUUAAUUAACGUUAGCUUUUAUAUCUUUUGUACGACCUGACAUAAUUGUGAUUUAUUUUUUAGAAUAAGUCCCUGGACAAAAUGGGGGCCAAUUACAGGCAUAGAAACAAUUUAAAGUCAAAUAAAUGGUUUUGUAUCGUAAAUACAUUCUUACAGUUACCACGCCAUUGAAGAGAAACGUUCCAAGGAAAGCUCAGGCGACGCCGAAAAAAGCUCAAGCGACGCCGAAGAAAGCUCAAGCGACGCCGAAGAAAGCUCAAGCGACGCCGAAGAAAGCUCAAGCGACGCCGAAGAGAGAUCAAGCAGCUCCGAAGAAGAAAAAAGUCGCCACGGUCAGAAAAACGCCGACGAAGAAAGCUCAAGCGACGCCGAAGAAAGCUCAAGCGACGCCGAAGAAAGCUCAAGCGACGCCGAAGAGAGAUCAAGCGACGCCGAAGAGAGAUCAAGCAGCUCCGAAGAAGGGAAAAGUCGUCACAGUCAGAAAAACGCCGACGAAGAAACGAGAGGACAGAAAAACGGUGAUGAAAGAAAAAGUGGUCGCUGAGGAGGAGCCUCUUCCUGCACAACUACGACGUUCGAGUCGACAUCCCGCGAAAAAUAUCAAUUAUAAAGAGUGA